AUGCCUGUCACCUUCAAGGUCGCUGCCCACGACGCCAAGGAAGUUUCCUGGUGCAAGGAAUCUCAGAACCGAGUACACACCGCAGAAGGCGUCCUCAGUCAAAUCUGGCGCGCCGAUGGCCUUUCGUGUAAAGAGCUCUUGCAGUCGUCUCUCCGGGAUCCUGGAUCAGACUUUAGUCCAAGUGGGAAUGGAUUCGUGGACACGGUCACCGAGGCGUAUAACCACCAUCAUCACCUAGUGAUCCGUCCCGAUGAUAUUUGGCAGGCAAUCUUGACGCAGCUUAGCUUCUAUAUCAACGCCCAUGCAGAGGAGCUUCGUUCCAAAUUUGUAGCACAUGAAGGAAAGAAGGAACUCGAGGUUACAGCCAAUGGGAGCCGGUAUACUGUCGACUAUGGAGAUAUGGCUAAGCAAAUGAGCGAGCUCCUCAAGAAGAACGUUGUAGAUGAAACACUCUACGACUGGGUCAUGCCCAACUAUACUACGACAACAGACACCGAUCGCGUGAUUUGCUCAGUGGCAAUGAUGGCUACGCUCAGAGAAUACUUUUCCUACAAGUUUGGCAUCCUCUGCGGCAUCCCCUCCAUCACUCUCCUUGGCGAGAAGGAAGACUACUUGGCCAUUCUCCUUCGCUUGGAUAAGCUCGACGAAUUCGGGGCAGAGCCAACCACAUUCGCCCACUUUCUCCGACCUGUGCUCGAAGAGUUUGCGACGGCGUUCGACUACGUCGAAGAGGAACAUCAACUACCCAACCCUUCCUUUUGGAGUCGGAUCUGCCAUUGGAAGAGUGGUGGUUCGGGACCAACAUAUUUAGGUGGAUGGAUCGCAGCGUUCUGUGUCUGGGAUGCAAAGGGAAAGUGGCAGGGUGGAGAUUUACAAUCAAUCAAGGAAAAACUGACGACGGAUGAAAAGCAGCGCAUGGAAGGUAGUAUGUUUGGACCGCCUCCUCCGCUUGUUCUGGAGGGAAUGAGGUAUCCAGUCAUUGAUACUCAAGAUAUUCCAUCGGGAAUAUGCCAAGUUGAUAUCUUGCUCGACGACAAUGGAGACAACCUCGCCUGUAUGAUGGUCGCUGGCCACGUUGGGCGCAUUGCCAGUAAGCAAAACGACACAUUCAAUACACUCCAGCCGAAGUCGGAUUGGUUCAUGUUUCGUCUAUCAGUUGGUUCCAGCCACACAAAAGUGACCAUGCCCAUCACCCUCAAAAUUGCUAAGCAUGACGCCGAGGAGGUAUCUUGGUGCAAGGAAGGAAACAUGAGAGCCUUUACAGCAGACCAAAUACUCGCCGGAGUUGGCGCCACCUCUGGCAUCGCCCCGGGAAGGUCCCCUCCCCCAGGGUACUCACCAACGACCAACGGUUUCGUAGACGCGGUCACUCGGUCAUACAAUUCGCACCAUAAGCUGAUCAUAAGACCGGACGAUCUCUGGACGAGUAUACUCUGCCAGGUCAACUUCUACAUAAAUGCACAUGCCGAAGAGCUUCGCUCCAAGUUUGUCGCACACGAGGACAAGCGAGGGCUAGAGGUCGAAGCAAAUGGUGGAAAAAUUGACUUCGGUGAAAUGGCCAAUCAAAUGUCUAAGCUCCUGAAAGAGAACAUCUUAGACGGGUCUCUUCAUGAGUGGAUCCUUCCAAAUUUUACUACGACAACGCCAAACGAUAUGGUCGUUUGUUCUGUCAUGAUGAUGAGUACUCUGCAAGCAUACUUUUCCUAUCAGUUCACGAUUCGGUGUGGUAUACCUUCCAUUACACUACUAGGGGAUCAGGGUGACUAUCGCAAGAUACUGCACCGCCUCGACCGACUCGAAGAGUUUGGAAAGGAGACCGCCGCAUUUGCAAGCCUUUUGCGUCCUAUUCUAAACGAAUUCAUCGCAGCUUUCGACCAACCGGACUCUCCGAAUCUCGCAUUUUGGAGCAGGAUAUGCCAUUGGAAAAGUGGAGGCUCAGGGCCCUCGUAUCUUGGGGGUUGGAUUACAGCAUUCUGUGUUUGGAACUCGUCGGGGAAAUGGCAGGGUGGUGAUCUUGCGCGCAUUCAAGAGCCCCUUUCGGCUGAACAAGCUCAAGAGAGACACUUUGGGCCGCCGCCACCGCUUGUCCUCGCCGGAAUGCGGUACCCCGUUGUGGAUACGCAAGAUAUCCCGAAUGGGUUUUGCCAGGUCCCAGUGCUUGUGGACUGGGCUGGAACCCUUUACAACUGUUCAAUGGUUGCUGGCCACGUUGGAAAUAUUGCUUUGAAGCAGGAUGACCGUUUCGACACCAUUCAACCGGCUUCAGACUGGUUUAUAUUCAUCAAGGGAGAGCCAAACGCAGAUCCGAAUGUUUGA